CCUCCGGCGCCCUUCGGGUGGCUCCCGGGUCCGACCGCCCUAAGAGUCAGCGUCCGCAGCCGCCGGCGCUCCCUCGCCCCCGCCCCCUCUGGACCCUCCCCCAGUCGCCRCGGUCUGGCAGCGCCUGGCCGGCGGCCCGCAGGCGGGCCGCCCUCUCCGCCCGUAGCCCACCCCCCUCUUAAAGCAGCGGCGGGAAGAUGAGGUUUCGGGAGCCACUUCUAGGCGGCAGCGCCGCGAUGCCCGGCGCGUCCCUGCAGCGGGCCUGCCGCCUGCUCGUGGCCGUCUGCGCGCUGCACCUCGGCGUCACCCUCGUCUACUACCUGGCCGGUCGCGACCUGAGCCGCUUACCCCAGCUGGUCGGAGUCUCCACAUCGCUGCAGGGCGGCUCGAACGGCGCCACCUCCAACGGGCAGACCUCCGGGGAGCUCCGGCCCGGCGGGGCCCGACCGCCGCCUCCUUUAGGCGUCUCCUCUGAGCCUCGCCCGGGGCUCGACUCCAGCCCUGGUGCAAAUUCUGGCCCUGGUCUCGCGAGUAACUUGACUUCGGCCCCAGUGUCUUCCACCUCAGCACUGUCGCUGCCUGCUUGCCCUGAGGAGUCCCCGCUGCUCGUUGGCCCCAUGCUGAUUGAAUUUAACAUUCCUGUGGAUCUGGAACUUUUGGCAAAGAAGAACCCAGAGGUAAAGGUGGGUGGCCGUUACACCCCCAAGGACUGCAUCUCUCCUCACAAGGUGGCCAUCAUUAUUCCAUUCCGCAACCGGCAGGAACACCUCAAGUAUUGGCUGUAUUACUUGCACCCAAUCCUGCAGCGCCAGCAGCUGGAUUAUGGCAUUUAUGUUAUCAACCAGGCUGGAGAUACCAUGUUCAAUCGCGCGAAGCUCCUCAAUAUUGGUUUUCAAGAAGCCCUGAAGGACUAUGACUACAACUGCUUUGUGUUUAGUGAUGUAGACCUCAUUCCAAUGGAUGACCACAAUGCCUACAGGUGUUUCCCACAGCCACGGCACAUUUCAGUUGCAAUGGACAAGUUUGGAUUUAGCCUACCUUAUGUUCAGUAUUUUGGAGGUGUCUCUGCUCUAAGUAAACAACAGUUUUUGACCAUCAAUGGAUUUCCUAAUAAUUACUGGGGCUGGGGAGGAGAAGAUGAUGACAUCUUUAACAGAUUAGUUUUUAGAGGCAUGUCUAUAUCUCGCCCAAAUGCUGUGAWCGGGAGGUGUCGCAUGAUCCGCCACUCGAGAGACAAGAAAAAUGAACCCAACCCUCAGAGGUUUGACCGAAUUGCACACACAAGGGAUACAAUGCGCUAUGAUGGUUUGAACUCACUUACCUACCAUGUGUUGGAUGUACAGAGAUACCCAUUGUAUACCAAAAUCACAGUGGACAUCGGUACACCAAGCUAGCAUCUUGGUACAAAUUAAGGACGUGAAAAUGGCCAGAGACCUCUGCUGUUUCUCGGCCAGUCUGCUGGGCUGGUCCCUCUCAUUUGUACAAUCUGAGUGAUAGGUCYCCUCACUCAUCAUUCAGAUGCCUUUCCAGAUGACCAGGACAAGUGGAAUAUUUUGCCCCCAACUUGGCUCGGCAUAUGACUUCUUAGCUGUAYAAGGUGUUUGUCAGUGUAGACUGUCAGCAUUUGGGUGCUUCUUGACAUUUUCACAGUGACACCCCAAAGAGUCAGAACUGUGCACAGUUCAGAAUUUGUAGACUGUGGGGCUUGUUCCCACUGAUAAAAUGGCUAAAUUGUGAAAUGGGUAAGAAUUUUUGCUCUAAAUUGUGGUGAAUUUCAUG